UAAGAUGGCGGCGGCGUUGGUGGGGGGGCGGAGGAGAAGGCGGAGGAGGGGGUGGCGGCUCUUGUGGCUGUCGCGAGGCUCGGGCUGCGGAGACGGCGGGCGGCUGUGCCCGAGCCUGGGCUCGCAGGGCGGGUAAGGCGAGCGGCGCCGGAGCCGCGGGCUGCGAGGACCUGGCCGGAGCCAGGCCGCCAUGGGCUCGCAGGUGCUGCAGAUCCUGCGCCAGGGCGUGUGGGCGGCUUUGAGCGGCGGCUGGUACCAGGACCCGCACCAGGGCGCCGGGGUCAACGCGCUGCACCUCUACCUGUGGCUCUUCCUGCUCGGCUUCCCCUUCACCCUCUACAUGGCUCUUCCUUCUUCUAUGGUGAUAGUUGCAAUCUACUGUCCAGUGAUAGCAGCUCUCUUCAUAGUUCUGAAGAUGGUAAACUACCGUUUACAUAGAGCACUUGAUGAAGGUGAGAUUGUGGAGAGGAACACAAGUGAACGUGUAGAAGGGAGUGCAAAAAUGGAAGAAAAUGACUCUUCUGCAAGGAGAAAGGACAGUAAUGGACCUAGUGAUCCUGGUGGAGGGAUUGAGAUGUCAGAAUUUGUUCGAGAAGCCACUCCUCCAGUUGGAUGCAGUUCACGGAAUUCCUUUGCUGGCUUAGACAUAAAUAACCAGAUUGGAACUGGUUUAUCUCAUCGUGGAACUGCAGCUACUAUUAAAGGUGAUACUGACACUGCAAAGACUUCUGACGACAUCAGUCUGAGUCUUGGCCAGAGUUCCAGUGUCUGUAAAGAAGGGAGCGAAGAACAAGAUUUGGCAGCUGAUCAAAAGACUUUCCAUUUGGUCUCCAUCGAUUCCUUUGUGUCCAUCCAACCAUCGUUGUCAUCUGGACAGGAGAUGCCAAGAGACAGCAGUGACAAAGUGUGCCUCCCUAAUAACCAGCUUGUAGAUCAAUCAAUGUCUAAUAUAUGUGACACAGAAAUGGCUUCUCUGGUUCCAUUGCAUUCACACUCCUAUAGGAAAGAACAUAGACCCCGAGGAGUGCCAAGAACUUCUAGCUCAGCUGUUGCUUUUCCAGAUGUGUCACUAAGUGACUUUCCCCUUUAUCAGCAGAGGAGAGGCCUUGACCCUGUCAGUGAGCUAGAAGCUUCCAAACCUCAAUCUGGAUCCAAAGAAUCUUUAGCUGAGAACUCCUGUAUUUCUGGAGUCUUUCAACUGGAUGAUAUUCUCAAGUGUAGCAGCCCACAGCUGCAGUCCAAAAGCAGCAAGAGCAAAUCCUUGAAAGCAGACAAAAGUGCAGACAGUCUCAGAAGUCUGAGUACUCGGAGCAGUGGCUCAACAGAGAGCUAUUGCAGUGGAACUGAUCGUGACACAAUCAGUACUGUUAGCAGCUAUAAAAGUGAGCAGACUAGCUCAACUCACAUAGAAAGUGUGUUAUCAGAGCAUGAGCAGUCGCCUAAAGAAGAGAAGAAAAGCAGCAAGAAAAAGGACUGCUCUGUUGAUUCUGAUGAUUACAGUUUUGCUACUGACAAAAGGACUAGUAGUGAAGGAACUGCUAUAGAAAUGAGCAUUGGCAGUUGCUUACAAGAGAAAAGGGGUUCAAAUGCAUCAGAAGAGAUGCACAAUCAGAGGGUUCUCAGUAGUUCUGCUUCAGAAGAGGCAAAUAAGAAUCCUCAUGCCAAUGAACUGAUUACGCAAGCAGACCAACCUCCUGAGAAGCCUAAUAAUGAUAAACGAGAUGAACAGAAGGAGAAAUUAUCCUUACUUGAGUCAAGAACUUGUAAGGAGAUGGUUGGAAAGCAAAAGGAAGGGGAUGUACGGCCUAAAUCAUGUAGCUUAAUUCAUCGGACAGCUUCAGCUCACAAGUCCAGCAGGAGGAGGACAGGGAAAAAACGGGCUAGUAGUUUUGACACAAGUCGUCACAAGGAAUAUAUAUCUUUCCGAGGUGUAUCUGGCACCAAACCCCACAGUGCGGUUUUUUGUCAUGAUGAGGACUCAAGUGAUCAAAGCGACUUGAGCAGGACCUCAAGCAUGCAGUCAGCCCAUCAAUUCAGCAGUGAUAGCUCUUCCAGCACCACCUCCCAUUCGUGCCAGUCUCCUGAGGGGAAAUACAAUGCCCCUAAGACCAAAUAUAUUGCAAAAGAAAGGGGCACAGACUUGGAAAACUCUUACAAAAUGCACCUGGGCACUGAGGCAAAUGGCAAAAAGCAUUCAACGCGACGGACUUCCAGCACAAACAGUGCCAAGAGUCGUACCAGGGUUUUAAGCUUGGACAGUGGUACUGUAGCCUGCCUAAAUGAUCCGAAUCUAAUGAUGCCAGAUACCAUAAAACAGCUAACAACUUCUAAAUCUGAUCUAGAGGCCAAAGAGGGAGAGGUGCUUGAUGAGCUAUCUCUGUUAGGACGGGCUUCACAACUAGAAUCAGUCACUCGCUCUAGGAAUAGCUUACCAAGCCAGGCUAUGUUUGCUGAAGGGGAAGAGCAGGAACAGGGAAUUGCUGCAGCACAAGCCAGUGAGGAGGUGGUCACAGUUCGUCGUGAACGCAGCACAUUUAGGCGUCAGGCAGUACGGCGCCGUCACAAUGCAGGGAGUAACCCUACCCCUCCUACAUUGCUCAUCGGCUCACCCCUCAGCCUUCAAGACGUUCUGCAAGGGCAGCAGUCCACAACCCAAGUCAAAGUCCAGUCCCACCCCCAUUCCCAGGCAGCAGUGCUCAGUGCUAGCGCCUCCUUGUUGGUGAGAAAUGGGAGUGUCCACUUAGAAGCACCACAUGACAAUGCAUCUGCUGUAGACGGUAGCAGUUUGCAUGAUGAACUUGGUAAGUUCAGUUCUACAUUCUACGAGACAGGGGGCUGCGAUAUGUCGCUUGUGAAUUUUGAGCCAGCUGCAAGAAGAACAUCUAAUAUCUGUGACACGGAUUCUCAUGUAUCAAGUUCUACCUCAGUUCGUUUUUAUCCACAUGAUUUACUUUCCCUUCCCCAGAUCAGGCUGAACAGGUUGUUGACCAUAGAUACGGAUCUCCUGGAGCAUCAAGACAUUGAUCUAAGCCCUGAUCUGCAUGACCAUCUACAACCUCCAGAGGAAGCAGCACAAAAAGUUAAACACUAUUACCGCUUUUGGAUCCUACCGAAGAUCUGGAUUGGUAUCAAUUUUGAUAGGCUAACUCUGUUGGCUUUGUUCGAUAGGAAUCGUGAGAUCUUGGAAAAUGUGCUGGCAGUCAUUCUAGCUAUCCAGGUGGCAUUCUUGGGUUCUCUACUCCUUAUAGAAGGCUUUUUCAAGGAUAUCUGGGUCUUUCAAUUUUGCUUGGUAAUUGCCAGCUGCCAGUAUUCCUUGCUCAAGAGUGUCCAACCAGAUUCUUCUUCUCCUCGGCAUGGUCAUAACCGAAUCAUAGCUUAUAGCAGGCCUGUUUAUUUCUGUAUAUGCUGUGGUCUCAUUUGGCUGUUGGACUACAGCAGUAGGAUCACUUUUAUGGCAAGGUUCCGUUUGUAUGGAAUGGCUUUCACUAAUCCAGUUUUGCUGCUUUCAGCAAGGGAUUUGAUUAUAGUGUUUACGCUAUGCUUUCCUAUAGUGUUCUUCAUUGGUCUUCUGCCUCAGGUGAACACAUUUGUGAUGUACCUCUGUGAACAGUUAGAUAUUCAUGUCUUUGGUGGUAAUGCCACCACAAGCCUGCUUGCAGCACUUUACAGUUUUAUCUGUAGUAUUGUGGCAGUAGCAUUGUUGUAUGGAUUGUGUUAUGGUGCCCUAAAGGAUUCCUGGGAUGGUCAACAUAUUCCUGUACUCUUUUCAGUAUUUUGUGGUUUGCUGGUGGCAAUAUCCUAUCAUCUCAGCAGACAAAGCAGUGAUCCUUCUGUGCUUUUCUCUUUAGUGCAAUCAAAACUUUUUCCUACUUCAGAAGAUAAAAACCCAGAAGAUCCAUUGUCUGAAGUUAAAGAUCCAUUACCUGAAAAACUUAGAAAUUCAGUGAGUGAGCGUUUGCAGUCUGAUCUUGUUGUAUGCAUAGUUAUCGGUGUACUUUAUUUUGCAAUUCAUGUCAGCACAGUAUUCACAGUACUGCAGCCUGUAUUGAGAUACGUUCUAUAUGCAUUGGUGGGCUCAGUAGGCUUUAUAACCCAUUAUGUGCUGCCUCAGCUCCGGAAACAGCUCCCUUGGCACUGUUUUUCACAUCCAUUGCUGAAAUCCAAGGAAUACUAUCAGUUUGAAGUUCGCAAUGCUGCACAUGUGAUGUGGUUUGAGAAACUUCAUAUAUGGCUUCUUUUUGUGGAAAAGAAUAUUAUCUACCCUUUAAUAGUCCUCAAUGAACUGAGCAGCAGUGCAAAGGCUAUUGCUAGUCCAAAAAGACUGGAUGCUGAGCUUGGUGCUUUAAUGAUUACGAUAGCUGGUAUGAAGUUGUUGCGCUCUUCCUUCAGUAACCCAACCUACCAGUAUGUGACUGUCCUUUUCACAGUGCUUUUCUUCACAUUUGACUACAAGCAUUUCUCGGAGACUAUGCUGCUAGAUUUGUUCUUCAUGUCCAUACUCUUCAGCAAGCUUUGGGAACUUUUUUACAAGUUGAGAUUUGUGUACACUUACAUUGCUCCUUGGCAAAUCACAUGGGGGUCUGCUUUCCAUGCGUUUGCCCAGCCCUUUGCUGUGCCCCAUUCUGCAAUGCUGUUUGUCCAAGCAGUUGUGUCUGCUUUUUUUUCUACUCCACUAAACCCUUUUCUGGGAAGUGCAAUAUUCAUCACUUCUUAUGUCAGACCUGUUAAAUUCUGGGAAAGAGACUACAAUACAAAAAGAGUGGACCACUCAAACACAAGACUGGCUUCCCAACUUGAUAGAAAUCCAGGCUCAGAUGACAAUAACUUGAACUCAAUCUUCUAUGAACACUUAACUCGGUCCCUCCAGCAUAGCCUGUGUGGAGACCUGCUCUUGGGGCGAUGGGGGAACUACAGUACUGGAGAUUGCUUUAUUCUUGCAUCUGACUACCUCAAUGCACUAGUACACCUUAUAGAGAUAGGCAAUGGGCUGGUCACCUUUCAGCUGAGGGGACUUGAAUUUAGAGGAACAUACUGUCAGCAACGAGAAGUAGAAGCCAUCACCGAGGGUGUAGAAGAAGAUGAAGGGUUUUGUUGCUGUGAACCUGGUCACAUCCCUCACAUAUUAUCUUUCAAUGCUGCCUUUGGCCAGCGUUGGCUAGCUUGGGAGGUUCUGGUCACAAAGUAUGUCUUAGAGGGCUACAGCAUCACUGACAACAGUGCCGCUUCCAUGCUUCAAGUCUUUGAUCUUAGGAAGAUUCUCACCACUUACUAUGUCAAGGGCAUCAUCUACUAUGUCACAUCUUCUACCAAGCUGGAGGAAUGGUUAUCAAAUGAAACAAUGCAGGAAGGACUACAACAGUGUGCAGACCCAAACUAUGUUGAUGUGGAUCCUACAUUUAAUCCUAAUAUUGAUGAGGAUUAUGACCACCGCUUAGCAGGGAUCUCCAGAGAAAGUUUUUGUGUCAUUUAUCUCAACUGGAUAGAAUACUGUUGUUCUCGAAGAGAAAAACCAUUAAAUGCAGAUAAAGAUUCUUCUUUAGUGACCCUUUGCUAUGGACUAUGUGUUCUUGGUCGCAGAGCCUUGGGGACUGCUUCACAUCAUAUGUCUAGUAAUCUGGAAUCCUUCCUGUAUGGACUCCAUGCCCUGUUUAAAGGAGACUUUCGUAUCUCAUCAAUUCGAGACGAAUGGAUUUUUGCAGAUAUGGAAUUACUCAGGAAAGUGGUGGUCCCUGGAAUACGCAUGUCAUUAAAACUACAUCAGGAUCACUUCACUUCUCCAGAUGAAUAUGAUGACCCUGCUGUUCUCUAUGAAGCGAUCACAUCCCACGAACAAAAUUUGGUUAUUGCUCAUGAGGGAGAUCCUGCUUGGAGAAGUGCCGUCCUCUCCAAUUCUCCCUCCUUACUUGCCCUUCGCCAUGUGAUGGAUGAUGGUACCAAUGAAUACAAAAUCAUCAUGCUGAACAAGCGCUAUCUCAUCUUCAGAGUUAUUAAAGUAAAUAAGGAGUGUGUACGUGGACUUUGGGCAGGGCAGCAACAGGAGCUGGUCUUCUUGCGUAAUCGGAACCCAGAAAGAGGGAGCAUCCAAAAUGCAAAGCAAGCUUUGAGGAACAUGAUAAACUCUUCUUGUGAUCAGCCUAUUGGCUAUCCAAUUUAUGUAUCUCCUUUAACGACUUCUUACUCAGACAGCCAUGACCAGCUCAAGCAGAUUCUUGGAGGUGCCAUUAGUUUGAGAAACAUCAAGAACUUCAUAGUAGCAACAUGGCAUAGGUUAAGAAAAGGCUGUGGUGCUGGUUGCAACAGUGGGGGAAACAUUGAAGAUUCAGAUGCUGGAGGAGGAGCUUCCUGCACAAGUAACAGUGCAACCGCUAAUGACUCUCAAAGCAGUGUUUCUCAAGGUGGGGGAGGAGGAGGAGGAGGAGGAGGCAAUGUGACUGCUGCGCAGGGACCUGGAGCAGGACUGCAGCCUCCUGUCACAUCUCACCCUGCAACUCUAGGCACCAGCCACAGUGCUCAUUCGGUGCAGUGCAGCCUUGUCAGACAUUCCCCUGCUCGUGCCUCAGUUGCCAGCCAGUCCUCUUACUGCUACAGCAGUCGUCAUUCAUCCCUCCGCACAUCUGCUACUGGUUUUGUGCCUUGCCGACGCUCUUCGACCAGCCAGCUCUCCCUUCGCAACCUUCCGUCGUCCAUCCAGUCACGUCUGUCUAUGGUGAACCAAAUGGAACCCCUUAGCCAAAUGGGUGUUGUCAGCGUACAGCAUGGCCUGCCCUCUUCUAGCAGCUCCAGCCAAAGCAUCCCUGCCUUCAAACAGCAUGCCCUUGUUGGCUUUCUAGGAACAGAUGGAGUGAAUAAUGUUCCUGAUGCACAGCCAGGCACUAACACAAGCCCUGUGAACCAGACACAAACCAAAAGGGAUGAUGUUAUUUACAGAAUCCAGAUAAUGGAUCCUAGUCAGGUGUUGGAAGGCAUCAACUUGUCCAAAAGAAAGGAACUGCAGUGGCCAGAUGAGACAAUUAGGCUAAAAGCUGGAAGAAACAGCUGGAAAGACUGGAGUCCUCAGGAAGGCAUGGAAGGCCAUGUGAUUCACCGCUGGGUGCCUUGCAGUAGAGAUCCAGGGAGUAGAUCCCACAUAGACAAAACCAUCCUGCUGGUCCAAAUUGAAGACAAGUAUGUUGCUGUGAUUGAAACUGGAGUUCUAGAACUUGGCGCUGAAGUGUGAACUGCUUUGACAAUUAACCUCUCAUCAUCCCUUCCUAAUUUUUUUUAGAAAUAAGGAGGGACUCUCAUGAAAAGUCUUCUAAAACUUUAAAUGUUGUUCACAUAAUAGAGAAGGACUUAACCCAAGUAGAUGUGUAUAAGCUCUGGCUCAGAAUAAGUAAGAGAGUCUCCUUUGGAUAUUUUUCAAAUUAGCUACAGAGGAAAACAUUUUGCAUGAAGGAUAAACAUGACAUACCUUUUGUUUUAUACUUUAUUUUAUGCAUUGCAAUGCUUUAAAAAGCCCAACAUUUCCCCAUUUUAAAAUAGGAAUAUCUCAGUUUUCUAAAUGUUUCGCUAAAGUUGCCAUGUUUUAUCAUGUUUUUAAGCAACUGGGUAGUGUACAAACUGAGUUAACGUGUAAAAAAAAGAAAGUAGAAUGGUGGGAUUAUACAUUGCAGAAAUAAUCAGAUUCCAUGUGAGUCGGAAAACUUCAAGAAACUGCACUAAUUUUUUUCUAUGGCAAUGCACUAAACAAAUCUGAGUUUUCUCAGAACAUUUAUAUAUAUAUAUAUAUAUAAAUAUAUAAAAAGAAUAAAAUACCAUUAUUUAAAUUGCAUUUGGGAUUAAUCUCCUCCCACUGCAUAUUCUUAUUGAUGGUAUGGACUGUGCCAUUGGUUUGUUUUGGCAUAAUAUAGUGGAUUGCACAGCAGUGCAUUCAUACUGUCCUUUUCAGAAUGCCAGUAAGCACUGACAUAAAAUACCAGAGGAUUCCUCUCUUGGUGAUAUCAGUUGGUGGUGCAAAUGUGCAGAAAUUUCACCUUUUUUUAUUAAUAAAGGGCCCAAACACACAAAUGUGCAUCUUCUUUGUCCAAAUAACUUUGGCUGCUUUCCUACUUAGAACCAGCUAAAAUAUGCUGUUUGUGUCCUUUGGAAGAAAUUUGAUUUAUUUGAGGGAAGCUGGAUGAAACCCAGUGUGUGCAAUGGGAUAAUGAUAGUCUAUAUAAUGUGGGACUUCUUCCUAUUUCCAAUCAGGUGACGCAACUUGACUUUUUUGUUUUUUAAAAAAGGAAAGGUGCAGGAGGCACAGUCUGACUGUCUUGUUUGUAUCGUUUCACCUUGUAACUCCCUUUAGUCUUUACUCUUUUCUGUGACUUGAAUUUUAUUUUCAAUGAUUAUAUAUAUAUAUAUAUAUAUUCUAUAAUAACUGUAUUUUUAACUGUGAAAUUGAAUUACAUUGCAUAUCUUAGGUUUUACUGUGUUGGGGUUUUUUUAGUGUGCAUUUUCAGGGAAACAAAUUACUCAAACUUCAUUGGAGUGAGAGAAAGCUGCAGUAUCUUAACUUGCUGCUUCUGUGACUCAUUCAACAGCAUUCAUGAAAAGUUGUACAUGUAGUGAUUGUUUCCUGUGUAUGAUCUGGAACUCUGUGGGGCUUAGUAGGAAAUUGUGCACAGUCCACAAGUGUAGCUUUUGGAAGCAGCCAUCUUCUCUUUAAUAGUUAAAACAAUGGAUUAGUUUUAGCAAGGGGGGAGUGCAGCAACUUCUGCACUGAAACCAAAAUCUUUACCUAAUCAACAGUUGAAGCUUUUUGGACUUGAGAAGAAAUACUGUAAUUCAAAUCAUCUGAUGCCUAGCAUCAACGCUGAACAUGCUGAAUCUAUAGUCUUGGUAAAAGUAACUCACUAUGCAAAAGUUUUACUUUUCCUAGCAUUGUGGAUUUCAUUGCUGCAUAUACUAUCAUUCUCAUGCACAUGCAAUCACAUAUUUAAUGUUCCUUAAAUAUUUUUUUUAAGAUGUGUCCCCUCCCCAACAAUUCUGGCCUGGGCUGCUUGAACUGCCUGCUGUUCAGCACCUGAUUAUAUUCGCACUUCUACCAUCUUACAGGUAUGAUUAUAGUCAGCUUCUACACCAUGACAGUAGUUUCAGGUUGGUAGCCGUGUUGGUCUGCAGUAGAAUAGCAGGAUUUGAGUCAACUGGCACCUUAGAGACCGGCAAGAGUUUCCAGGGUAUAAGCUUAUACCCUGUAGACUCUUUUUGGUCUCUAAGGUGCCACUGGACUCAAAUGCUACAUUAGGACAAGUAAUUCUUGGCUUCCUUUUCAAAUGAGAAUUGCAUAUUUAUUUAUUCUUCCCAUCCUGAGUUAGCUUUCUGUACUUCUCAUCUUUAGCAUUUAACUAGCAACAAAGACCACACAAUGUGCUGGCAACAAAGUCCACACAACUUGGAAUAUUAGAUGCUACUUACAAUAGAUUAGAGCCUAGAAAUUCAAAUUGAGAGAGAGAGAGAGAGGGUAAUCCUUCUGCUGUAUUCAUGAUGAAUCCAUUCAUAUUUUGGCAGGUUCAGUUUUCUUGAAUGCAUUGUUAUCAGAGCUUUAUUUCAGUUUACACUAUUAGUAUAUAUAAAUAUCAUCUAAUUAAGCAGUACAAGAAGAUACACAACUUUAAAUUUACCUUUAGGUUUCUGCUGCCUUUAUUCCAUUAAUUUGGGAACAGAGCUCUGAGAUUAUUAGUUCUUAAUACACGAACAUCAAAUUACUACAUACAGAAUUUCUGUUCAAAGCCCAUUUACUUUUCUAUUUGUAUUGGAUGAGUUUGUAAACGAAAAAUAUAAAGAUGUGUAUUCUGUGGAGCUAUAAUCCACAUGACUUUAUUGAGUAGAUUUAUUAUGAACAUCUCCAGCAAGAUGUAUAGGUACUACUAUGAAUUCAUAAAACAUUUCUUUAUAUUGACAGUGGAAUAUUUGUAGACAAGUGUGCCAGUCAGUACAUUGGCAAUAUUGUAUGUAGUUGGUUCUCUACAAGAUUCAUUCUUUUCUAGUCUGGGAAUAUAGAUCUAGGAACACUUGGUGAAAGUUGUCAGUGAUAGAGCUAUACUAUUAAUAAGCUAACUGAGGAUGACACAGAGGCCUGCUAAAUUUGUUUGUUAAUAAUGUCCUGGGAAACUAAUGCGGGCAUUUUCCUUACCUCAUUUUUAAAUGUUUUUAUUUUCUUAAAUAACAACAAUCCUAUUCGUACCAAAUAUUGGAAUAAUGAAUUCUACACUACACCAUGCAAUGCAUGGGGGCAAGAGAAGAGAUUUUUAAAAUGGUAUCCUUUACAAGUUUCUAAGCUAAACUCUAACAUGGAUUUACCUCAAAUUCACAUUAUGAGGGAGAUCACAUUCAUUGAAUUGAUGUUCCCCAUAAAUGGUAUGGCAGAGGCCCUUGAUAAAAUAUUAUAAAGCAAGCCAUAAUAUACUUUGUUUAGCGAUUAGACAGCCCGGCCAUGCAUGCCCUUCAUUCAAAGCCCCUAAAAAAGGGAUAAUAGGUCUGUAUUAAUAAAUGGAAAAGCCUUUUUAGAAAUACUUUGACUAAGUCUUUGGGUUUAACCACCGUGGUAUUAUAUACCAAAUUUUACUAAGGAUUUUUUUUAACCUAUUAUAUAGGUUUCUACUUGUCUGGCCUUACUUCAUGUUUGAUAAUCUGGUGCCCUUUUUGCUCUGUGAUGCUAGACAGUGUAAGAAAUUAUAACAGUAUUUAAUAUGUGCCUUACUAAAAUGGUGGGUACAUAACACCUUGGUGGGUGACCCCGCCCUUGACUAACUGUUUUUCACCAGAUUUUUAAAAGGCUGUUUUAAAGAUGGCUGCUCCAAAAGGUUUCAUAGGUAUAUUGUAUCAUUCACAGGCAACACUUAUGAACAUGCCAUUUAGAUGUUUCAAAUGUGUAUACACACAACCCAGUAAAAUCACUUGGUUUAUGAUGUGUACAGAGGGAAAUCACACAGAUUGAAAAAUCUCUUAACAUCCUUAUAAAACAAAGCCAGUCAAUGAACUGUUGAUAAUUAGAGAGAAAAGGGGAAUUACAAUAGUGAGGAAGGGAAGUGUGAAUUGAGUUUGAGAUGGGAUAUGGAAAAUAUUCUUUACAUCUACCAGCAUAUGAAGAUCUUGCCAGGGAUUUAGGGGUAUGUAUACUUGGCGUGUGUCAGUGAGUGUGUAUGUGUCUGCGUGUGUGUUGUUUGGAAACUGCCUUGUAAAUAUUGUAUCUGUUUAAAAUUUGGAAAGUGGAGGGGGUUUGUUUGCAACAUAUUGCAUUGAAAAGGACAGUAUUGACAGUGGAGAAACACUGAAAAAUAAAACCAAUCUUUUUC